AAAAUGGGUCUGAAAUGUUCCCUCACACGUCUCCUUCUAUCUUCUUCUUCUUCUCCAAUUAAACUAAAAACUAAAACUGUCUCUCGCCGGCGGUAACUUUUCCCGGCGACGAAACUUUUCUCCUCCGCCGUGUUUCCUAAACUUUUAUCCUCAGUUUCAAUGACGCUUCACCGCUAAAAAAACCUUUUAGAAAAAAUCUCCCUUCUUCUUCCUCAAAACGAACUCCGAUCAUCUCGAGCUUUGUGAUUUGUGAACUUCUUCACACGAUGUUGGAUCUUAACCUCGACGCCGAUUCACCUGAUUCGACUCAGUACGGUGACUCGUACUUAGAUCGGCAAACAUCAGACGGCUCCGCCGGGAAUCGUUUAGAAGAGUCCGGUACAUCGACGUCGUCUGUUAUCAAUGCCGACGGAGACGAAGACUCUUGCUCUAAUACUCGUGCCUUCACUCUCAGUUUCGAUAUUUUAAAAGUCGGAACCAGUAGUAGCGGCGGAGAGGAAACUCCCGUCGCCGGCGUUACUACUAAGGAGUUUUUUCCGGUCACCGGAGACUGUGGACAUCUGCGAGAUCUCCAAGGAUCUUCGAGCUCUAGAAGCUGGAUUGAUCUUUCUUUUGACGGAGAAACGAAAUUAGCUGCUCCGGUACCGGUUCCGGUACCGACUCCGGCGCCGGUUCCGGCUCAGGUGAAGAAGAGUAGGAGAGGACCAAGGUCGAGAAGUUCACAGUAUAGAGGAGUCACUUUCUAUAGAAGAACUGGUCGUUGGGAAUCACAUAUUUGGGAUUGUGGCAAACAAGUCUAUUUAGGUGGUUUCGAUACUGCUCAUGCUGCAGCUAGAGCUUAUGAUAGAGCUGCGAUCAAAUUUAGAGGUGUUGAUGCUGAUAUCAACUUUACUCUUGGUGAUUAUGAGGAAGAUAUGAAACAGGUACAAAACUUGAGUAAGGAAGAGUUUGUGCAUAUACUUCGUCGUCAGAGCACGGGGUUCUCGCGGGGGAGUUCAAAGUAUCGAGGGGUUACAUUACAUAAAUGUGGGAGAUGUGAAGCUAGGAUGGGUCAGUUUCUUGGUAAAAAGUAUAUAUACCUUGGGCUGUUCGACAGCGAAGUAGAAGCUGCAAGGGCUUAUGACAAGGCUGCAAUCAACACCAAUGGUACGGAAGCAGUCACAAACUUUGACAUGAGUUCAUACCAAAAUGAGAUUAACUCUCAGGCCAAUAACGAAGGUGGCCAUGAGAAACUUGAUCUCAACUUGGGAAUGUCUCUUUCUCCUGGAAAUGCACCAAAGCAAAACGAGAGGCUCUUUCACUUCCCUUCUAAUACUUAUGAAACACAGCGUGGAGUUAGCUUGAGGAUGGAUAUCGAGUUUAUGGGAAAGCCUGUGAAUACACCUAUUCCUUAUGGAUCCACGGACCAUCGCGUUUACUGGAACGGAGCAUGCCCUAGUUAUAAUAAUCCCAUCGAGGGAAGAGCAACAGAAAAGAGAAGUGAAGCUGAAGGGAUGAUGAGUAACUGGGGAUGGCAGAGACCGGGGCAAACAAGCACGGUGCAACAGCAGCCUCCUGGACCACAACCACCACCACCACCAUUGUUCUCAGUUGCAGCAGCAUCAUCAGGAUUCUCACAUUUCCGGCCACAGCCUCCCAAUGACAAUGCGACUCAUGGUUACUUUUAUCCACAACCUUAACUUACAAAGGAGGGGACAUAUGAGAGAGUUUUUAGCCUCUACUAUAGUUUAGUCCCCUUAAUUUGUCAUUUGGGUAGAUUUUUACAUACAAUGAUCUGAUUUUUUUUUUUCCAAAUUUAGUGAAAAAAUUUGGUUUUUUUUUUUUUUUUUUUAAAUGGGGGAGAGAAAUGUGUGUGUUUUGUGGUAAUAUGAAAAGUCAUUAUCAUAUAAUAUGGUUUGUUUAUGUGAAAAAUAUGUUUCUUAGUAAGAGGACUCUUGAAACU